UCUAGUGUUUAUAACCACGGACGGAGGAGGAGCACUGAUUGAUUAGCGAGAGAAACCAUGACGGGUUUAGGUUCGCCGUGCGGAGCUUGCAAGUUCCUGAGGCGCAAGUGCGUUCGGGGCUGCGUCUUCGCCCCCUACUUCUGCCACGAGCAAGGCGCAGCCCACUUCGCCGCCAUCCACAAGGUCUUCGGGGCCAGCAACUUUUCCAAGCUCCUCCUGCACGUCCCCGUCGCCGACCGCUCCGAGGCCGCCGUUACCAUGGCCUACGAAGCCCAGGCGAGGCUUCAAGACCCCGUCUACGGUUGCAUCGCCCACAUCUUCGCGCUACAACAACAAGUCGUCCAUCUGCAAACUCAACUGCUCUCUCUCAAGUCCCAAGCAGCUGCUCGAGGGAUCGACCAAACUACUACGCCUCAAGGCGGCAGUCUUGUGGACAAGUUUCCGCCCUUCCUCUUCCAAACCGGAGAUGGCCAUCAAGCCAGGAACUCGCCCGAUCCCAACUGCGCCAACUCCUCGCAGGAGUACGUCUCCUCCGGGAGGGAGGAGGAGGGAUCGUCCAACUGCUCCAUGGCGGAAGUGGAAGGCAGCAGUUGGAGGGCGGCCGCGUACCUUGACAUGGAGGACCUGCAAUCGGUGGCGUUAGCUUAUCUCGGUCGAUCCUGAGAUUUGAUUUGCCUAAAGUGGAAGGAUAUUUUGCGAAUCCCAAGCUUGGCAUCGUGGCAUGCGGUAUCCAAGUCGGACGGUGUGCUACGUGAUUUAUAAGGAGAAGAACCAUGAUGGAUCUGCAGCAGCAAGCUAAGUGAUUCACAUAUAUAUAUCUAUAUACACUUAUUAUAUAAGCUGCAUGUGUUAAUUAGAAAGAUUCAAGAACUAGAAAAUUAAGGGAUUGGAUAUGCUUUAAUCGUGGGCAGUUAAGAAAUGCUCUUUCUGUUUCCCUAACCCCACCCAACCCCCAAAACUUAUUCCAAUUCAUUAAAUAUAUUACAAAGGCAACGCCCUUGAUGAAUCAGAUUCCAUUCA